GGUUAAACCCAUAGCUACAGAUAAACCCUGCAACAGCUUCUUCUUCUUCCUCUUGAUGUGGGCAGAAGCAAAGUAGCGACCUUUGUCUUCUUCUCCAUCGUGUUUGUUUAUGGAGCUUUUACAUACGUCCUGCAAUUUCGAAACCCUAACCUUGAUUUCUCCUCCUUUAAAAUCCUGUAACUUUAGUUCCAGCUCUCUCUUCUUCUCUCCUCGUCGCGUAACCUUGUUUCCAGCUUACCAUAGUGGCCGCGUCACUGUUUCCGCCUCGUUACAGCACGGAGAUUCGAAUUUUAGCUCUAAUUCUUCGCAGACAAAUCAGGAAGCGCAGAAUUCAAUUGCUGGGUUUCUCCGACGAGACACUGGACUCUCAGAGGCCGAUUCAGAUUUCAUUUCUUCAAAUUGUCCUAAAUACACGCGAAUGAUCGUAGAGGGUGUUAGGGAUUUGGAGGAAUGGAAUUCGUGGAAAGGGAGUGGAGAAUCUGAGAGAGUUGAGGAGGGUUUAGGGUUUAAGGAGAAAGUGAUUUAUAUGGUGAAACAAAAGGGUGAUGGUGGCAAAGUUGCCUUUUUGGAGAGUCUUGGUUUGAGUUUGUCUUCUGCUAUGUAUUUGGCUCAUUACGUCUCCUCUGAAUCGCUUCCGAUACUUCUCGAUAAGGUUAAGUACCUCAAGGAAAUAUUCUUUUCUGGCAGUGAUGAGAAAGGUCUGGUUGGAAAGUAUGCAAGACGAAUGAUGCUCUACUUAUCCAUUCCUAUCGAUGAAGAUGUGCAGCAAACUCUUUCCUUUUUCGAAAAGAUUGAAGCAAGGCGUGGAGGCUUGGAUAUGCUGGGCUCUGUAGAUGCAUCAUUUAGAUUUUUACUCGAGUCAUUCCCUCGGCUUCUUCUACUUUCAGAAGAAAAUGAUAUGAAGCCUAUGGUCGAGUUUCUUGAAAGCAUUGGUAUUCCGAAAUAUUGCUUGGGAAAGGUACUUCUUUUGUACCCUCCCAUCAUGCUCGGAAAAACUGAGGAGAUCAAACGAAGGGUAGCCACAGCUAUGGAGAAGGUAAGUGUAGUGAACAAGGAUUCUGGAAAAUUGUUGCUGAAGUAUCCGUGGAUUCUCUCACCAAGCAUACAAGAGAACUAUUCUCACAUCGGCUCAUUUUUUUACAGUGAAUCGGUGCUCAAAAUGGAUAUUGACCACGCCAUUAGGAGAUGGCCUUUGCUUCUCGGUUGCUCAGCCAGCAAUAUGGAGAUGAUGGUGAAGGAAUUUGAUAAAUUAGGUGUUAGAGAUAAAAGAAUGGGGAAGGUUAUACCCAAGAUGCCUCAGCUUUUGUUAUGUAAACCCCAAGAAUUUCUUAAGGUUGUUUGCUUUUUGGAAGAUUUGGGGUUUCAAAAAGAAAUUGUAGGUCAAAUACUGUGUCGAUGUCCUGAAAUAUUUGGCUGCAGCAUUGAGAAAACCCUGCAGAAAAAGCUCAUCUUUCUCACUCGUUUUGGUGUUUCCACUACACAUUUUCCCCGAAUCAUAAAGAAAUACCCUGAAUUUCUCAUAUACGACGCAGACAAAACAGUACUUCCACGGCUAAAGUACUUAAUGGAGAUUGGGAUAUCAGAGAGAGAGAUUGCCUUCAUGAUUCGCAAAUUCUCACCGAUCUUAGGAUAUAGCAUCGACAAAGUGUUGAGACCGAAGUUUGAAUUUCUGGUGAACAGCAUGGAGAAGCCGGUAAGAGAGGUAAUAGAAUACCCAAGGUACUUCAGUUACUCGCUAGAGAAAAGGAUAAAACCGCGGUUUAGGGUACUCAAAGGGAGGAACAUAGAAUGUACAUUACAGGAAAUGUUAGGCAAAAACGAUGAAGAGUUUGCUGCUGAUUUCUUGGGUUUAGGAGAGCUUCAAACUCACAGUGAAAUCUCGUAGUUAUAUUGUAGGUGAAAAAGUUUCUUAGAGAAAAUCACACUAUGUAAUGAGAUUGGUGAUAUCUCUGAAGCUUCUUCAGUUUUGUCUGUUUGCAUUGUUCAUAUAACCGCUAGUGUAUGUACUUCCAGUGUUUGUAUACAAAUUCCUAACUUCUUACCAAAAAAAAAUCGGCUGAUGUGUGUGUAUAAGUGUAUGAAUUGUUUUCGAGGGUUUUCAAAAUAUUCCUACCAUGUUUUUGGACCAAAAAAAACAAACGGUUUAUUGAAAAUUAUGAAAAAUAUGCCGAAUUUUCUCUCUGGAAACGGUUUCUCGCAAUUUUUUUUCUUUCGUUUCUGAAACUGUACGCGAGGAUGUAACUUCAUUCAUAUUCUGAAAAUUCAC